AUGAGGGGUCCGGUGCUGGCGCUGGCCUUGCUCUUCCUCCUGAUCGCGGCACACGGAGGAAAAGGUGAAGGAAACACCGUGAAGCUCUGCGGGAGAGACUUUGUCAGAGCCGUCGUCUUCACCUGCGGAGGCUCUCGGUGGAGAAGGCAGCUGAUUGAUUAUCGCUCCCUCUUUGAGAGUGAAAAUCCCCUGCCUUUCUCACAAGAGAACAGUGGCUAUGCAGACACCUCGAUGUACACAGACCAGAUGCGGGAGACCAACAGCGAAGAAAUUCGCAAUGUCAGGCCUGAGACAGAGCGAGACUUGCAACACACCAGGGAAACGUCUACGCUGAAAAAGCGUGAAGCGGUCAAGCUGCUUACCACAUCCUGCUGCAGCAUUGGCUGCAGCGAGAAAGAGAUCAGUUCGCUGUGCUAG